CAUCAUGAAUUAUUAGAUUAGUCUACGUUUACGUUCUUCGUCUUCCUCUCUCCGAUCAUUCUCUUCGUCUGAAUCUUUCGCCCCCUCAAAUUCCUUUCCCGUGUCGGUAUCUUGUUGAUUCGAAUGAACUACGACUACCGAACCAGUGCGCAGCAUCCGUCGUACCGGCCGUCGCCGGUGUACGGAAACUCGAUGUAUCCGAGGGUGGCGAGUCAACACGGCCAAGAUGCCUCGGCGGGCCGUCCCACUCCUUCACGCCACACGGCUCCUCUUCCUCCUCUCUCUUCCUCUGCAGAGCUGGGCGUUAGGGUUGCGAUAAAGCCGGAGUGUCGGAUCAAUUCGCCGCCUCUAUUGUCUCCCCAAGUGGCAGAUAUUCCACGAAGCAGUUUCCAGUUUAAUUUCGAUUUUGAAAGAAAAAUUCUCGCCGAAGCAGAGAAGGAAAGCCAGAACUGGAGCAAGAUUGCACCUGAAAAUGUUCCGUCAAGAGCUUCAAGAUCAUGUCCUUCCCCGAGUCCGGGUCCUAGAGAAGAUCCGAUCCUGAGCAAAUAUCUUGCUUCGGGACUUAGCAGGGAAGCUGUUCCUUUUGCAGUCUCAGCUCAUGGGGACAAUCCAGCUAAGGUUCGAGAAUUUGUCAAUGGUUACACUCUCCUGCGGGAAAUGGGAUUUCCUUCUACCAGCAUUGCUGAAGCCUUAAUCAUGUAUGAAAAUGACACGGACAAGGCCCUAGCUCACUUCCUCAACAGCUCUUCUUGAUCUGAUCAAAGCUCACUUCCUCAACAGCUCUUCUUGAUCUGAUCAAAGUGGUGUUGUUGGAACCACUGCCAUUGUGCUCUGCUGAAGAAGGUUUCAGUUUCUUGUAGAUGGAAUGCAGUGUGAGCGUGAGUUAUUGGAGAUAUACAUCCUUAGCUCUCUCUUUUUUUUGGUUUUGGCUUCAAGAUGGAAGCCUCAAUCCGUUGAUUCCCUCCUUGCUUAUACUUUUUUGUGGAUGAAAAUUCAACGGUUUCUUGAUUAAUAGAAGUUGGUUUGUUCAUCCCCUUA